UUCUCAUGAAGAUUCAACAGAUAUGGAAAAGCUAGUUGGACAAAAUAUCAUGGGACAAGUUGGAUCAGAACUUUUUGGCCGGUCACUACGCUCAUUAUUUUAUCCAAAUUGUCUUGGAAUCCUGUGUAUAGAAACAAAAUUAAUAUUUGUUUUCCUGAAAAUAUCAAAGGAACAUUCAGUCAGCAUACGUAAAGGGGACACAGAAACAACACAAAAUCCAGGGAAGAUUCUGUACACCGAACCAUUUGACAUUCUUAAAGCAGAGGACAGACUGAAAAUAGCUGAGUUCAUGUUCUGGUUGGGAUUUGUACAAGAUCCCAGAAAAUAUGACUUUCUGUGAUAUACAUGCACAUGUAUCUAUAAUAUCGAUAUUGUUUACCCACUUCUGUUCAUCCGUGUGUUAUUACAUCCCACCCUACGAGUUGUAGAGGGUAUGUUUUUGACCCUUCUGUCAGUCAGUCCUUCAGUCCUGUUCUUGUCAUCACAGCAUCUCUGAUGCUGCUCAACAAAAUUUCAGGAUACUUUGUAGUCACUGUAUACAGGGUUACUUUUGCCAUUUCACACCUGCAAACAAUUUUGCCUCAUUUUGAAUUCACCCAGACACAGUUCUGUUUAAGAGAUAAUGCCAUUUUCUUUGAAUUCGCCCUGUUUUAAAUUCACCCAAUUUCGACAAGGGCGAAAAUAAAAUGGGGCGAAUAUUUCCCUGUAUACAGUAAUAGGGAUAUAAUGAGCAUAUUCAAAGGAAUUUCUUUUUUCCAUUUUUUUUUUCUGGAAAUUAUGCCCCUUUGAACCUGGAAGUUUGUCUUUCUUCAGUCCUGUUCUUGUCAGCAAAACUCCUCAGAAACCGCUCAACAGAAUUUCAUGAUACUUUUUGGAUAAUAAGGACAUAAUGUGAAGAUAUGCAAAUUCACAGAAAAUUUCAAUUCAUUUUCUUUAUUUUUUGAAGAUAUGCCCCUUUUGAACUUAUAGAAGUUUGGCUAAGCUUAAAUAUAUGUAUACUAUUGUCAGUUCAACUCCUUUGAAACAGCUCAGCAGAAUUUCAUGAAAAUUUGGUUAAUAAGGACAUAAUGUGUAAA